AUGAAUUACAGAAAUAAUGUACGUACGAUAAGUGCAGCAAACAGUUGUCCAGCAAGUCCGCGUCAAAGUUUUCAUCAAAACCAAAACAAUUACAACAAUUAUGCAAACAACAAUUUACAAAACCAGGAUUUAUUCCAAACACCUUCAACUGCUAGUUACAACCACAAUGAGAAGCCACCUUACAGCUAUGCUCAAUUAAUAGUACAAGCUAUAUCUGCUGCACCAGAUAAGCAAUUAACGCUAUCGGGCAUUUAUUCAUUUAUUGUGAAACAUUAUCCAUACUACCGAAAGGAGACUAACAAGGGUUGGCAAAAUUCCAUACGUCAUAAUCUCAGUUUAAAUAGAUAUUUUAUUAAAGUGGCACGUUCUCAGGAUGAACCAGGUAAAGGUAGCUUCUGGCGUAUUGAUCCUGAUAGUGGUGCCAAAUUGAUUGAUCACAGCUAUAAGAAGCGACGUCAACGCAGUAGUCAAGGUUUUAGACCUUCAUACGGUAUGCCACGUUCUGCACCAGUAUCACCAAGUCAUAUGGACAAUUCACGUGAGAGUUCACCAUUGCAAGAUAUUGUAUUACAAUCUGCACCUGGAUCACCAGGCUUAUCUUUGGAAAAUCGUCCAGCUGAAGCUGAUCUUGUGUAUAAUUCUCAAAAUGUACACCAAUCAGCUGCAAAUAAUUCUCACACUCAAUAUAAUAGUGGCAGCCCAUAUUACAUUUCAAAUCAAAAUUCUGUUAUUGGUUUACCUGGAGGAGCACAAUUACAACACGAAAGCAGUGGAAAUAGUGGAGGCAAUUCAGUUGGAACUCUUAUUCAACUCAAACGUAAUAAUCCCAUGACUGCAAAUACUGGUGCAGCAAAUAUUGCUCAUCACCAACAACAGCAGCAGCAGCAGCAACAACAACAACAACCACAGCAACAACAAAUUAAACAACCACUACAUCCUGAUAUCAUCUAUGAGGAAAUGCCAACAGAUUAUAGUGGCAAUAUGGAAUCUGGCGAUGAGUGUGACGGUGCCAAACGGCCAAAAUAUAUUUCUGAAGUACUCUGAUGUGUUUACAAUGUGCGUGUUAAGCAACAUAAUUGAAACCUAUAUACAUUAAAUCAAAUUUGAGAAACGACAAACACACGUAAACACAAAAACAAAUACAAAUACCAAUCAUGUAUAUUGAAUUUGACAACAAAAAUUAUGUGAAUUUUGCU